GACGGGUUAUAGUAUCAAACGGUGGAAGAAGCUAUGACGUAACGCUCUAAUCGCAUGUUUUCAUUUUUCUAUUUUUACUUGAUUUUCCCGUGCGAAAGUAAAUAUUUAAUUUUUUUCCUUUUUCUUUUUUGGUAGAAUUUUAAUUAUUUUCGGUUUGUUAGUUGCGUAUAUGUAACGACGGAGCACGCAAUUAUCACACACUCAAAACACACUUGCAAGCGCGCAAAAUAUACACACAUUUUCUGUAGGGAGAGAGAGAGAGAGCGAUGGAAGUUUUGGGAAACGGCGAAGGCUGGACGAGGAAGAAGCUAGAUGUAGAAGAUUACCUCGAUUUAAUUGACGACCGCAAUCUACCUCUCACCGUCCGUCAACUUCGCGAGAUCAUUAGCAUGCAUGGCUUCAAAAAGAUCGAAGCUCCAAAGGGCAUUUUGAAGGAAAUGGUUGCAACAAUGGAAUUGAUGGAUCUCCACCGGUCGACCUUGCUAGACGGCGUAUCAGGUGAUGCUUGCUUAACUCUGAAAGAAGUGAAAGACGAUCUCAAAUCUCUCAAGUGGCAGGAUUGCCACGUCACCUCUCUUCUCACCUAUGGCGCCGGCAGCACUUCCUCCUCCUCCACCGGCGACCGCACACUGAAGCGGAAAAGACAGAGAAGAUCGGGAAGGAAGGCGGUUAAACUUGCUCUUGACGACUCUGUCGUUUCUACAACUGGUACUACUAUUUUAGCUAAGAGUACCACCGAUUGGUCCGGUGAUUCUACUUCUACGGAAACCUAACCUUUGGUUUGGAGUUGGAAGCUAGGGCGCUGCUUUCACUACUUGUACUUCGAAUUAUCCAGCGGAAAGGUACAAGUAUUAUUGCAGUUGUAGUUUUGUAGGCUGAAAAUUAUUAGAAGUGAACUGUGUAUUUCAUUAUAUGCAUAUUAAAAGGUUCAAUAGGAAAAAAAACAUUAUUACAAUUGUUGGUUAAUUUUUUGAAGGAAGUAAUGAACAAUUGUUGGUUAAUUCAUAAGAUUGAUCUGCGGCUUGAUUCA